AUGGUGGAUAUUACACCUGGUGAGCCGGUACCACCCGGCUUUGAGGAAGAAAUACUCAAGGCUCCACGUAUUCAAAGUACAAUCGAUCAGUAUAAAGCCAAUGCUUUAAUUGGUAUCGAAUAUACCUUGGAAUUGCAUGAAAGUGAUCGUCCCGAACCGGGUUACUUGUGUUUGUUGUGCGACAAACGUGGUGAUGCCCGCACCAUACUACACCAUUGGACAUCGUUUAAUCAUCGUAUGAAAUAUUUGGAAAAACAUUAUCCUUCGUGUGUUCGUGAAUUCCAACCGGUGAAGUAUAAACCGAAUUCCCACAAUAUUCUCAUUGCCAUAAUACAAAGUAUUGCCGAGGCUAUUGAAGAUUUUCAUGGUCGUUUGAAAGUGAAAGCAAUGGAUGCCGAUGAAUUUCGUCGUCAGAAAACUAAGCAUACCGAGGCAGUAAUGUCAUCGUUUCAUCAUGACGAACGAAAUGGUCCGAAUUUCUUAAAUGCCAUUGAUCGGACAUUGAUUGAUGUUAGAGGCAAAUCAGAUGGGUCAAGUAACCCCCCGUCUAAAGGCCAUAAAAGAAAUUCCCCCACAGAAAAGGCGCCACUAAAAAGAGAUGAGUUUGAUGCAAUUUCCAGUGAUUCGGAUAAUAAUGAUUCUGCAAAGAAACCCAAAUUCCACAAUAGGGGAGGAGGAGGAGGUAAACCCCCCACGUCCUAUGCCAACGAUGAGCCGCAAGACGACAAAGAAGAAAAGAAAUUGCCCACUCCCAAAGAAUUAUCCCUGCAGGCAUCUCAUAUUGCCCAAGAACGCUAUAAGUGGGAAAAGUACCGCUGCAUUUUGGAAAUCCAUUUAAAACAAGUUGAAAAAUUGCAAAAAGACUAUGAAAAAUCCCCGGAGAAACAUCCACAAUAUCCAGAAGAGUGGAAAAAGUUUUGGAAUCGCCGUUACAAAGAAUUGCAGGCUGAGAAAAAGGUCGAUCCCAACAAAUAUGACUACAAACCGGAAUGGAUUGUUUUCUGGACGAAGCGAAUGAAAGAACUCUUCAAUGCUGAUGUGGAAAAGAAGAAGAAAGAAAUCAAAAUUAAACUAGGUCUUCCCGAGGAUGCUGAGGAAAAAGUUGAUCAACUUAAGGAGCGUUAUAAGGUGACUGUAAAUCGUGUACAACGGCAGGUCGUAUCGGAUGUCAUCGAUAUUAGCGAUGAGGAAAGUCCAAUUGGUCGUCGAAGACCACCGCCCAGACGUACUCGGUCGCGAUCUCGAUCUCGCUCACCGCGCGGUCGUUCACCACCACGUCGUGGUCGAGGUGGUGAUUAUCGUUAUCGGUCGCGUUCACGUUCCAAAUCACGUUCGUUAAGUCCAUUCUCGGAUGAUUAUGAUCACAUAAGUAGUAAACACCGUCAUGCACCAAAACCACAUCGUCCGACGGGGCCUCGUGGUUACAAUCCCAUAGAUACACCUACGGACUAUUAUCAGUAUGGUGGAUCUUCACGUUAUCCUCCAAUGCCACAUGGUGGUGUGGUUGGAGGUGGGGCACAUUAUCCCCCCGCCCAUGCAUCUGCGGGUCCAUAUCGCAUUUUGGAUUCAAGUAAAAUACCCAAAUAUGAAGAUACAACUACCCGGGAUUCCAAAGAAGAUGAGGCAAAGGAAGACGAUGGUCCCCUAUCGGUAGUUGGGGUUCUACGUCUCUUAACCGCUCUGGAAGAACAUUUGGGUAGUCUCGGUCCCAAGGUCGUUGAUCUGUUGGGCAAGGCAUUGGCAUUGGAAAAAGUGAAAGCCAAUUCAUCCGAUGAUCUUUUACUCAAUGAAGAUAAUUGUGUAUUUUUCGAAACCAUCAAAGAAAAGCUAAAGGGUCUGUUAAUUGCCGAUGUUUUAGAUGAUGCACAUAAAGUGCGUGCCGUCAAGAAAGCUAUUAAAAAUAUUGCUGGCGUUAUUUAUCAAGUAACACAAGGUGAACACGCUAUGUAUAUAAACUUUCCAGAAAAUAGUAACACAAACGAUGAGGUCAAGGAAGAUAAAUCGUACGAUUCAACAAGUGGCGGCGGUGGCGGCGCUGCAAUUCCCUCUACAAUUGCCGGUAAAAAUAAACUCAAUGCUAAAGUAAAUAUCAAAGACUUGCCGUUUGAUCGUCAAAUGGUUGCCACCAAAAUGGCUGCUGCAUUGGUAAUGCAAGGUCGCGAGGAUGUCUCCACCGAUGACAUGGAUAAGUUAAUAUAUUUCUUUUUGUUAAUGGUAAAAUUAUCGAAAUCAAAACGUGAACUUGAUGGUAAGCCGUUAUAUUCGAAAAAUGUACUCUCCGAAUUGGGUCUUAUGCCCCUAAUUAGUGCACAAAGCAGUAGUUCCGCUGGCAUAAUAGAUAUUGGCCACAUUGAAACGGACAGCAGAUCAUCUUUCAGACCACCCUCAUCGAUACGUAGCGAUUUCAGUAAAGACAUUUCGGUGGAAAAAGAAACACCGAAAAAUGAUGCCAAUGCCAGUACCUUGGAGUCGCUGACGGACUCUGAUUUACAGACACUAUUGCAAAACUUUAAACAUUUAUCUAGUGAAGAGCAGCAUCAUCUUAUUGCCCAUUUGAAGAAAUUGGAAUCUGUGGAUCCACUACGUGUCGAGAAACUACGAAAAUAUGUAAACACUUCGGAUAUAGCCCCUGAACCGAUGCCCAGUACAAGUAAAGCAUCCUCUUCUGAUAGCCUAGAUGAUGGUGGUAUGGAACAGAAAUCAAAUUACUAUUCGCCAAAUACUAACAACGAUUCACCUUUUUCAGCGAUGGGUAAAGAUCAGGACAAACACCGUCGUGUUCGAUCGCCGCCUAGCCAUGACAUUGAUGAACGGGCUAGAAAUUCCGUUAAUCCCAACAAAUUUAGUUUGGAUGAUGAUGACGAUGAUGAUUAUAAUUUCGAUGAAGUUUUUAAGGCAGCAUCGCGAAAUAUAAAUCCCGGCGGCGGUGGAACACCCGAUGAAACAUCGCGGCACUCAAUGAAUGAUGCUUCUGGUAAAUCCACAGGCAAAUCCAGCAAAGAUCACAUUGUCUCUUUGGCAUCUCAAAAUGAUUUGACAUUUAAUCCGGCUGGUCUCAAAGAUCCACUGAGUGAUACACAAAAUCUUAUUGCCAAUUUAAUGGGUUCACUGCAACAGAGCAAUUCGAAAUCGGCCAGCACCCUGCCGCAACCAGUUCCUCCCGUCGAUGGUGGUGGCCAAAAACCAAAAAUGCCACCACAAAAUAAACAGCAGCAACAACCACCGCCACCACCUGCGCAACAACAGCAUAACAAUAUGGCAUACUAUCAGCAGCAACAGCAGCCAUCUCACCAUCAAGGCGUCGGUGGUUAUCCCGAUAUGCAACAUGCUGGUGGUGGUUACAAUCAAAUGCCACCAAAUUACUAUAAUCCCCCCGCCAUGGGUUAUAAUCAAAAUCCAUAUGGUGGUGGUCCACCGGCACCUGGCUACCCACCCCAACAGCAACAACCAUGGGCCCCCGAUCCCCAUCAACAACAAAUACCCGGCCAUCCAAAUAUGCAAUUCUUUGGUAUGCCGAAUUAUGGUGGGGGUUAUUAUGGACAAGGUGGUAAUUAA